UUCGUCAGCCGGCCGGAGCAGCAUCGGUCUGGGAGGUCUCUGGGCUGCGGCGGCGCCAGCUCCUCUAGUUCCACCAUGUCCGCGGGCGGAGACUUCGGGAAUCCGCUGACGAAAUUCAAGCUGGUGUUCCUGGGGGAGCAAAGCGUUGCAAAGACAUCUUUGAUCACCAGAUUCAUGUAUGACAGUUUUGACAACACCUAUCAGGCAACGAUUGGCAUUGACUUUUUAUCAAAAACUAUGUACUUGGAGGAUGGAACAAUCAGGCUUCCGCUGUGGGAUACUGCGGGUCAGGAACGUCUCCGUAGCCUCAUUCCCAGUUACAUCCGUGAUUCUGCUGCAGCUGUAGUAGUUUACGGUAUCACAAAUGUUAACUCAUUCCAGCAAACUACAAAGUGGAUUGAUGAUGUCAGAACAGAAAGAGGAAGUGAUGUUAUCAUCACGCUAGUAGGAAAUAAAACAGAUCUUGCUGACAAGAGGCAAGUGUCAAUUGAGGAGGGAGAGAGGAAAGCCAAACAGCUGAAUGUUAUGUUUAUUGAAACUAGUGCAAAAGCUGGAUACAAUGUAAAGCAGCUCUUUCGACGUGUAGCAGCAGUUUUGCCGGGAAUGGAAAGCACACAGGACGGAAGCAGAGAAGACAUGAGUGACAUAAAACUGGAAAAGCCUCAGGAGCAACCAGUCAGCGAAAGAGGCUGUUCCUGCUACUCUCCCAUGUCAUCUUCAACCCUUCCUCAGAAGCCCCCUUACUCUUUCAUUGACUGCAGUGUGAAUAUUGGCUUGAACCUUUUCCCUUCAGUAAUAACGUUUUGCAAUUCAUCAUUGCUGCCUGUCUCGUGGAGAUGAUCUAUUAGCUUCACAAGCACAAAAAAAGUCAGCGUCUUCAUUAUUUAUAUUUUACAAAAAGCCAAAAUAUUUCAGCAUAUUCUAGUGAUAACUUUAAAAAUUACAUACAUUUUCUUAACAUUUUUUUCUUUUUUAAUGUUAUGAUAAUGUACUUCAAAAUGAUGGAAAUCUUUACAGUAUGAGUAUGGCUUGGUUAACGAGCAGCAUGUUCACAGCCUGCUUUAUCUCUCCUUGCUUUUCUCACCUCUCCCUUACCCCAUUCCCUAUUUCCCUGUUCUUACCUAGCCUCCCCCCACUUCCUCAAAACAAACAAGAGAUGGCAAAGCAGCAGUCCGACCAAGCCCACUGGAAUUAUCCUUUAAUUUUACAGAUACCACUUGCU